GGCGGUCAGACCCCCAGUGGGAGGCAAGCGGGGAGCCCCAAACGGAGGCCACACCCAAGAAGGCAGCUCACAGACUGUUAGCAACUUCGCGGCGAGUGGGGUCCGGGAUGCGAGUGGGCCGCAGGUCAGUACCCAAAGUGCCAGAGAGGACCUCUCGACCCUCUGACUGGGGGUGGGCAUCCCGGGAAGCGAUGGCUCGGCCAGUCCCAUACCUGUCCCCACGCCUCACACCCGCCCCGCCGGCGCCGGCUGGGACGGGCCGCCUCUCAGCAAUUCCUGGGGCUUAUUAGGCUCACUCUGGGUCCGGCAACGAACUGCUCCGGCCUCGCAGGGGUCGCUCUGGCCCCGCCCCCCGUCCCCCCGCUGACAGCCCGGGCUUGCUGGGGGGGGUGGUGGUGGGGUCUCCCUGGGCUGGAGGACCUGCUAGUGCACUGGCGGCCCACAGCCCCGCAGCCUCGGUGCCAGGGAAAGAUGGCCUAUCACCUCAAAGCUCCGCCGGACCCACGCUGCGCCCCCGAGAGGCCGCCUUUGCUUCUGGGGAACCGCGCAGCCUCCCGGCCUUCGCACCGGGAACCGUUUCCGGGGCGAAUGCUUUUCGUAGCUGACCCGGCGCGGCCCGUGACGCGAGGGCCCAGACGGAAGUGCGGGUGGAAGAGCCGGAGCCCGAGCCGGAGCCCGACCGAGAGCAGGUCUCGGGGGCUCCGGCUGUGGGGACUGCUGGGGCUGGCAGCGAUGGCGACCCUGUGGGCCGGCCUCCUUCGUCUCGGCUCCAUGCUCAGCCUGUCCUGCCUGGCGCUCUCGGUGCUGCUGCUAGUGCAGCUGUCGGACGCCGCCAAGAAUUCUGAGGAUGUCCGAUGUAAAUGUAUCUGUCCUCCCUAUAAAGAUAAUUCUGGGCGUAUUUAUAAUAAGAACAUAUCCCAAAAAGACUGCGAUUGCCUUCAUGUUGUGGACCCCAUGCCUGUGCGGGGGCCUGAUGUAGAAGCAUACUGUCUACGCUGUGAAUGCAAAUAUGAGGAGAGAAGUUCUGUUACGAUCAAGGUUACCAUUAUAAUUUAUCUCUCCAUUUUGGGCCUUCUGCUUCUGUACAUGGUAUAUCUUACUCUGGUUGAGCCCAUACUGAAGAGACGCCUAUUUGGACAUUCACAAUUGAUACAGAGCGAUGAUGAUGUUGGGGAUCACCAGCCUUUUGCAAAUGCCCACGAUGUGCUGGCCCGCUCCCGCAGUCGAGCCAAUGUGCUGAAUAAAGUAGAGUAUGCCCAGCAGCGUUGGAAGCUUCAAGUCCAAGAGCAGCGAAAAUCCGUCUUUGACCGUCAUGUUGUCCUCAGCUAA